GUCAUCGAGCACCAUCUGCCCGAGUUCACCGAGCAUCUGCGCGAACGCGGACAUUUCCUGCCGAAGUUCGUGUUUCAGGAGUUUCACGACUACCUGAAGUGCGGCCGUCUGGAGCACGGAUUCGUGCGCGUCAAGUGCACCGGAUGCCGCAACGAACUACUGGUGGCGUUUUCCUGCAAACGCCGGGGAUUCUGCCCCAGUUGUGGCGGGCGCCGCAUGGUCGAUACAGCCGCGCAUCUGGUGGAUCGGGUGCUGCCCGCAAUUCCUGUUCGCCAAUGGGUACUUUCCUUUCCCUAUCCCUUACGCCUGCUCUACAGCACACACCCUCAAGCGAUGACGCGCACACUGGGCAUCGUGCUGCGCGCUAUUGAAACGCACCUGAUCAGAAAAGCCGGAUUGACACGCGUGCAUCUGCACAUGCUCAUCCCAGAUGGAGUGUAUACGCUCAGCCACGGCAAGCCGCGCUUUCAUGCUGUGUCUGCACCCUCUCAUAGCGAGCUUACCGCCCUGCUCAACCGCAUCAUCCCGCGCAUUACCCGACAGUUGACCCAGGAUGGAUUGCUCGUCGAAGACGCCGAUCAGACCUAUCUCGAUCUGCAGAUCGACGACAGCCUCGAUCAGUUCGGCGCCGCAUCGCUGCAGUAUCGGGUCAUUCUCGGGCCAAACGCCGGCAGCCGGGUACUUACCCUGCGCAACCCCGUAACCACGACAACUGCCAGCACCAGCAAGCCCUUCACCGUCGCCCGCGACGGCUUUUCGCUGAAUGCGGCGGUGAGCUGUCACGCCCACCAGCGCGCCAAGCUCGAACGGUUAUGCCGAUACGUAGCACGGCCACCCCUGGCGCUGGAGCGACUAUCCGUAACUGAUGAAGGUAAGCUGCGCUACGCGCUAAAACAUUCCUACUCCAACGGCACCACUCACUUUCUCUUCGAACCGCUCGAUCUGAUUGCCAGACUCGCCGCACUGGUGCCCAGACCGCGAGUCAAUCUCACCCGCUACCAUGGAGUAUUCGCACCAAACAGCAAGUUACGAGCCCAGCUCGUACCCGGCAAGCAGCGUAAGAAGCGCACCCACAAGCCUGAUCUCUCGAAUCCGCCGAGCCUUACAACUCAGCCAGAGCCGCCUGAUCCAACGCGGCUGACUUGGGCACAACGGCUCAAAC